GAAACAUUCAAAGUGACGCCAGGUUGAAGACUGUUUCCUGAAUAAUCGGCUCUGUGUCAGUCGUACGAUCGCAGUGGAACGCUCGCAUAUCCUUUCAUCAGAUUGGUCCAUUUCCGGGGUGGUCGCAUUCCCGCCGCUGGCGCACGAUAUAUAUAAGACAUAAUUCAGGAUGCUUGCCUCUCGCCUCGCACUAUCCUCUCGUUCCUCCCAUCACCUCCGCCGUCUUCCAAACCUCAUUCGCCUAAUGUCUUCCUCCACGCCUGAAGUUGUCAUCGUCGCUGCAUCCCGGACGCCCGUCGGCUCGUUCAACGGCGCACUCAAAUCACUCACUGCUCCCCAACUCGGCACGAUCGCUCUCAAGCAUGCUUUCGAGCAGUCCAAGGUCGACCCUGCUGUCGUCGAGGAGAUCUACUUUGGCAAUGUCGUUCAGGCUGGUGUUGGCCAGUCCCCUGCUCGCCAGGUUGCUCUCGCUGCUGGUAUGAAGACUACUUCCGAUGCUACAACCGUCAACAAGGUCUGCGCCAGCGGCAUGAAGUCAAUUAUGCUCGCUGCCCAGACUAUCUCGACUGGUUAUAAGAGCGUUGUGGUCGCCGGUGGGAUGGAGAGUAUGAGUAAUGCUCCCUUUCUGAUUCCCCGCCAAAACCCUACUUUUGGCAAGUUCGAGACCAAGGACGCUCUUGAGAAUGAUGGUCUUUGGGAUGUUUACAACAACUUCGCCAUGGGGAACUGUGGCGAGGCUACCGCGGCGAAAUACGGCGUCAGUCGUGAGGCUCAAGAUGCCCACGCGAUCGAGUCGUACAAGCGAGCGGAUCGUGCUUGGAAGUCGGGGGCUUUCGAUGCCGAGGUCGCUCCUGUGACCAUCAAGGGCAGGAAGGGUGACACAAUCGUGAAGGAGGACGAAGAGUACAAGCGGGUCAUCUUCGAGAAGAUCCCGACCUUGUCGCCAAGUUUCAAAAAGGGCGGUAGCAUUACUGCUGCCAACUCUUCGAACUUGAACGAUGGUGCCUCGGCUCUGAUCCUUAUGUCGGCUGAUAGAGCGAAGGAGUUGGGUGUCAAGCCUUUGGCCAAGGUCAUCUCAUUUGCUGAUGCCGGUGUCGACCCUAUCGACUUCCCUGAGGCUCCCACCCAUGCUCUUCCUAUUGCUCUGAAGAGAGCGAACUUGACUGUCAAUGACAUUGCUGCCUGGGAGAUCAACGAAGCGUUUUCGGUUGUUAUCCGAGUAGCCGAGCAGGUGUUGGGCAUUGAUCCUUCGAAGAUUAAUGUCAACGGUGGCGCUGUUGCUCUCGGUCAUGCCAUCGGUAACUCUGGCUCUCGUAUCGUUGUCUCUCUCGUCCACGCCCUGAAAUCCGGAGAGUAUGGAGCUGCGGCCGUCUGCAAUGGCGGUGGUGCGGCAUCAGCCAUCAUUGUCCAGAAACUAUAAGUAGAGAGUCAGAGUAGCCAUCAUGCAUGUAUUUAUAUAUGGUCGUUCGUCCUUCAUUUUCUUAUAGAUUUACCUGGUCAUUUGGAUCAUUCAUC